UGUCCAAACGACACCGUUUUCACUUCAAGGAUUUUCUACCGAGUCUCCCAAAAUCCGCACCAGAAUGUACACUGUUGCUCAGAGCAAAGCAAAAUGUUGGAGAGUUAAGAUGUUUCAAUAAGGGUUGUUUCCAGUUAUGGAUUCGAAAGCAUUAGCGAAAUCAAAGAGAGCUCAUUCAUUACAUAACAGCAAAAAGCAGCCUAAUUCUAGUCUAAAAGCUAAGGCAAAAGCCGCGUCUGGAGGUGGUAAUGAUGCUGGUGGUGGAAAUAAGGUGGUAGGUAAGCAAGCUAGGGAGAAAGCUCGACAGUCUGGUCUUCCUUCGAAUUGGGAUCGUUAUGAGGAAGAAUUCGAUGUUGGUCCGGAACAUCAAGUUCCGGGAUCUAGUGCAAAUAAGGACUCUGAUGUUGUUUUUCCGAAGAGUAAAGGUGCAGACUAUCGUCACCUGAUUGCUGAAGCUCAGUCUCAAUGCCAGUCUAAUUCUUAUUUGGAUCCAUUUUCUUCAUUGGAUGACCUUUUGCCUGAUGGCUUUAACUUUGGAAUGGGGCCAAUGCUUUCAGUCAGAGGAGAAGGCAUUCUAUCAUGGAUUCAGGAUGAUAACUUUGUCGUGGAAGAUGAAACGGCUGCUAACCCAGAGGCACAUUUUCUUUCCUUGAAUUUAAAUGCUCUUGCGGAACAAUUGGAAAAAGUUGACAUUUCGAAGAGGCUCUUCAUCGAGGAAGAUUUGGUACGUCCUGAGCAGUCUUGCAAUGGAAAGGAGGCAACAACUUGCAGCCUAGAAUUAGACCAAAUGCAAAGUAGUGAAACUGAAGUCUCUUUAACUGUGUCCAAAGAUUCCUUAUUAAGAGAUUCAUCAGAGAAGAAUAAUAAGGUUGCAAAACAUAGUUCUGAUGUUACGCCAUCAGGAGCUGCGGUUAAUGUCCAUCUGGACCCUAUUUCACGCGAUCAAGAAUCUUAUUUCGUAAAUCAACAGACGGGUGAUCUCAAUUCAAGUCGAGUUAGCAACUUCGCUGAAAACAGAGAUAUGGAACCGUCCACAUUUGAGGCAGAACUAGAUGUGCUUCUCGACUCAUUGAGCGAGACCAAGCUGCUUGAUUCUUCUGGCUUCAGGUCCUUGUCUGAAAAAGAGGCUCCUAGAGCAUUGCCACAGUUCAUAAAAAACACCAUGAGUUCUUUGAAAAUGACAUCCGUUGCUAGUAAACUGGAUGACGAUCUUGAUAAUUUACUCGAAGAAACAUCCAAUCUGUUGGACCAAAACAAUCCGUCUCAGCCGAUGAAAGCGAACACAUUAUCUUCUAGCCAAAUUCAAUCUUCUUCAUCAUCUCAAUCUGUAACAAAGUCUAAAGUUUUGGAUGAUUUUGACUCAUGGUUUGAUACAGUUUGAUUGUAUUCUUUUGUUUGAUGCCAUACAUUAAUUUAGGGUGUUUAAAUUUGAUUUA